AUGUCGAUGGACACCGGCGACUCGGGACUUCGAUUGGCUGCUAGCAAUUUGAACCAGCAUAGGAAUAUUUUAAGCGCAAAUCCAUUCGAUAACAGUGAUGAAUCAACACAUUUCAAUCAUUGCUGCCAGUCAAAGAUCAACGACUGGCAAAACGCCGCAUCUACACGCCUAGAAGGCACAGAGUCUCUCCAUUCCUACAUAACAGCUUUCUUAGACCUCCUCAAAGAUGUCCCUUCGUUCUAUGCCUGUCCCCCAGGGGCUGUUCAACUGUCAGGAAGAGCAAGAUCUUUCCUUGUUCUGAAGUCUUCUCUGCAAAUGAGAACGACAGAAGACUCGAACUGCGAGCAAGAUCACAAGUUCAUCGAUUAUCUCCAGUGCUUCGGAAGCCCCGCACCUGUAUUUUAUAGGACGAAAGCUGAGACCCAACCAGAAGUAUCUAUUCCUACUUGUGCCAAGCCUCUUCGCGCUGGGUAUCUUACAAGCAUUGUUCUGGCCUGGUCAUACAUCAUCCCCUGCCGUUGGGUGGAGAUAUUACAAAGGGCAGGUGAGAACAGCCAAAUCCUGCAUGAUCAAGGCAUGCAGAUGGAAGAAUCCUUCUGGGACAUGGUCACGCAGGAUUGUUGGGAAGCUCGAGUUGAAAAUCAGAACGGCGCCUUCUAUUCGCCAUGGAUGUUUCGGAGACAAGGGGCCUCACGCAAGCGCCGGAACUGGGAGCCUGCCAUACCGAAUUCUCUUCUUGCAUUCCAUAUUCUUAUAGACUUUUGCGUGUCAGAAGGUUUGCAGGGAGAACUGCUCAUCGGAUUUGUCUCUGUUUUGAUCUCUACACAGGAUGCACUGGAUUCGUUGCUCUGCAGCGCAUUUUUCGAUCCAUGCGUUCCAUGCAAUCUCGUUGGGGCUGCGUCUCUGGGAGUGAGAAAGGCUCUCUCACAAAUGGACGAAAUUGACAACCGGCAGCUGCUACUUGCGAUCACCAAUAUGAACCCUCACUUAAGCCUUUUAUGGGCUGCUGCAGUAUGCAACGACCAGGCAACUUCGUUCCUGAACCUGGCCCUUCACAGUCUUCCGCCUAUAUGUCUAGUAGCUGCCUUCUGGACCAACACGACCCAGUCCUUUCUUCAGAUAGCGUAUAAUGCAGGGGACUUAGAAGGUUCUAUUGUUCCCAGAGCAAAGGAGUUUCAGACUUCCUAUUUUUGCCGACCAAACUUACCAGUGCCCUGGUCGCCUGCACCUCCCUUUGGCACAACAACCGUCGAAAAUCUCAGCCUGGAGGUAAGGGCACACCUUGAACAUAUGCACGUACCUAUCUCUUGGAGGAACUAUUGGGCAUUGGACUCGGGAGAAAGAAUUCCGGCAGGCCCGCAGAAAGAAUCUACGAGGGUGGAGGCUGACAUUUUAUGUCAUUCCCACUCUUCUGCCUACUCCGAGCGGCGCCUUGCUGAUGAACAAUCAGCGGUUGCAACAUCGCGCUUAUUCAAUUGGCAUAGAGGUUACGACGACGGCAUCUGGCUCGAUGAUGGUAAAGCGAACAUUGAAGGCGUUCGUCGACUUCAGAUGCAUCCAUGGAUUAUUGACCAGUUCGACGACCAAGGCGAUGAGCCAGUUGAGGAACCUAUACACCGUGGGGUCUCUGUUGAGCGUAUCCUGCGGUGGAAGGAUGAGGUCGAAAUGCAUGCAAAUGAGCAACUAUAA